UCAUAAAGAAUGCCCGAGACGGAAGGCGCAGCCGAGCUCUUCGGGAAAAAAAUGGCUUCUUCUUCGUCAGUCUCUGCAUCCGCUUCGAGCUCCUCUUCUUUGUCAGAGGAAGAGCUAACUCUGACAGUGAAGUGGUGUGGGAAAGAGUACACUGUCAGAGUGUGCGGUGACGACUCAGUGGCCGAGUUGAAGCGCCGAAUUUGUGAGCUCACCACCGUCUUGCCCAAGCGCCAGAAGCUUCUCUACCCCAAAGUUGGAAACAAGCUCUCCGAUGACUCCGUCUUGCUCUCUCAACUCCCACUCAAAUCCUCUCUCAAGAUGACCAUGAUAGGAACUGUAGAAGAUGAGAUAAUUGUGGAUCCAGUGGACUCACCGGAAAUCAUGGAUGAUUUUGAGCUUGGGCAAGAUGAAACUAUUGACAUUAAAGACAAAGAAGUCAAUAAGCAGAAGUUAAGGAGACGCAUAAAUCAGUACAAGAUUGAGCUACGGAAUCCAUGUCGGAAAGGAAAGAAAUUACUUGUUCUGGAUAUUGAUUACACUCUGUUUGAUCAUCGAUCAACAGCAGAGAACCCACUUGAACUCAUGCGGCCUUAUCUUCAUGAAUUUCUUACAGCUGUCUAUGCAGAGUAUGACAUCAUGAUAUGGUCCGCAACCAGCAUGAAGUGGGUUGAAUUGAAGAUGGGACAGCUUGGAGUUCUCAGUAAUCCUGACUACAAAAUAACUGCUCUUAUAGAUCAUUUGGCUAGGAUUACAGUUCAAUCGGAUUUUGGGGUCUUUGAUUGCAAGCCACUUGGUUUGAUAUGGGCUCAGUUCCCUGAGUUUUACAGUUCAAAAAAUACUAUAAUGUUUGAUGAUCUGCAAAGAAAUUUUGUGAUGAACCCACAAAACGGCUUGACAAUCAAGCCAUUCAGGAAGGCUCAUGCUAACCGAGACAGUGAUCAAGAGCUUGUAAAGCUUACCCAGUAUUUACUCACCAUUGCUGAACUUGAUGAUUUGAGCAUCCUUGACCAUAAAAAUUGGAAGUUCUUCUCGGAGGACAGUGCGAAAAGGCGCAGGCAUGAAUGAUUGACAGUGGUGACAUUUUUAGAAAUUCAGAACAUGCCAGAUACAAUUUGAGAUACAAGUUUCAUGACUUCAAUUAUUCUGGCUGGAGUUUUUAAAUUUUAAACAUAGUAUGUUGGCAUGAGUUUUUAUGGUGUUGAGAAUAUCUAUAUGGUGAUGAACCAUGUACAACAAACCUUUAUUCAGAAGGGCGAGAUAUGAAUUUGAUCAUUAUAACUAAUCUACGUUAUUUAAUGCAAGCUUACUGAAUGUGCAAGGUGGAUUUCUUGA